GGCUGGGACGCCACGUCUUGCGGAGGGCGAGGGCGGGGCGAGCGGCGAAGAUGGCGGCCGGGAUCAGGGAGAAGCAGGCGGUGGCUUUGAAGCGUAUGUUAAAUUUUAAUGUUGCCCCUGUUAAAAACAGCACAGGAGAACCAGUGUGGAAGGUUCUAAUAUAUGACAGAUUUGGCCAAGAUAUAAUCUCUCCUUUGUUGUCAGUGAAAGAGCUGAGAGACAUGGGCAUCACUUUACAUCUGCUUCUGCAUUCUGAUCGAGAUCCUAUUCCAGAUGUUCCUGCUGUGUACUUUGUAAUGCCAACUGAAGAAAAUAUUGACAGAAUGUGCCAGGAUCUUCGAAAUCAGCUUUAUGAAUCUUAUUAUUUAAAUUUCAUUUCUGCCAUUUCAAGAAGUAAACUGGAAGAUAUUGCAAAUGCUGCCUUAGGUGCUAAUGCAGUAACACAAGUUGCUAAGGUCUUUGAUCAAUAUCUCAAUUUUAUAACAUUGGAAGAUGAUAUGUUCCUAUUGUGCAAUCAAAACAAAGAGCUCAUUUCAUAUCGUGCCAUUAGCAGACCAGAUAUAACAGAUACUGAAAUGGAGACAAUUAUGGACACCAUUGUUGACAGCCUUUUCUGCUUUUUUGUUACACUUGGAGCUAUUCCUAUAAUCAGAUGUUCAAGAGGAACUGCAGCAGAAAUGGUGGCAGUGAAGCUGGAUAAGAAGCUCAGAGAGAACUUAAGAGAUGCCAGAAACAGUCUUUUCACAGGGGAUACACUUGGGGCUGGACAGUUCAGUUUCCAAAGGCCUUUAUUAGUCCUUGUUGACAGAAAUAUAGAUUUAGCAACUCCACUUCACCAUACUUGGACAUACCAAGCCUUAGUGCAUGAUGUACUGGAUUUCCAUUUGAAUAGAGUGAACCUGGAAGAACCUUCAGGAAUGGAAAAUUCUCCAGCAGGAGCUAGACCAAAGAAAAAAAAUAAAAAGUCAUAUGACUUAACUGCAUUGGAUAAAUUUUGGCAAAAGCAUAAAGGCAGUCCUUUUCCAGAAGUAGCAGAGUCUGUUCAGCAAGAACUGGAAUCCUACAGAGCUCAAGAAGAUGAAGUCAAAAGGCUUAAAAGUAUCAUGGGAAUAGAAGGGGAGGAUGAUGGAGCAAUAAGUAUGCUUUCUGAUAAUACAGCUAAGCUAACUUCAGCUGUUAGCUCUCUUCCAGAACUUCUUGAAAAGAAGAGGCUCAUUGAUCUUCAUACAAAUGUUGCAACUGCUGUUUUGGAACAUAUAAAGGCACGUAAGCUAGAUGUGUAUUUUGAAUACGAGGAAAAAAUAAUGAGCAAGUCCACUCUGGAUAAAUCUCUUUUGGACAUGAUAUCUGACCCAGAUGCGGGAACUCCAGAAGACAAGAUGCGGUUGUUUCUUAUUUAUUACAUAAGUUCAACUCUGGCACCUUCAGAGAUUGAUUUGGAGCAGUAUAAAAAGGCAUUGACAGAUGCAGGGUGUAAUCUUGCUCCCUUGAACUACAUAAAACAAUGGAAGGCUUAUACCAAGAUGGCUUCAGCUCCAACAAGCUAUGGAAACACUACAGCUAAACCACUGGGUCUGUUUUCACGUGUGAUGAAUACUGGAUCACAGUUUGUAAUGGAAGGAGUAAAGAACUUGGUAUUGAAGCAGCAAAACCUACCAGUCACUCGUAUCCUGGAUAACCUUAUGGAGAUGAAGUCAAAUCCUGAAACAGAUGACUACAGAUAUUUUGAUCCCAAGAUGCUGCGAGGAAGUGACAGCUCGGUUCCAAGAAACAAAAGUCCAUUCCAGGAGGCAAUCGUGUUUGUAGUGGGAGGAGGCAAUUAUAUCGAAUAUCAAAAUCUUGUUGAUUACACAAAGGGCAGACAAGGCAAACAUGUUUUAUAUGGCUGUAGUGAACUUUUUAAUGCGACACAGUUUAUAAAACAGCUGUCCCAACUUGGUCAAAAAUAGGACCGAAAAACAUUGUUACCUGAAAUCAUCUCUGUUUGACAGUGAGAAGAAAAAUUGUGACCACAGAUAGCAUCUUCAAUAUCUAUAAUCAUGUCAUGUUGAUAAAACUUAAACCGUUCCAUUAAUUUGAUAAUUUUUAAAGAUUACCUGUACUUACUAUACAGUGUAUUCCAAUUGCAGACUAACCUUUCAGAAAUAAACUGUAAAACUUGUA